UUCAAAUUCCUGUGCGCGGGAGAGCGGAGCCAAUGCUGAAGGGCGACAGAACAUCAUUUACAGACGGAUUUUCUAUCCUUAAAGUUAUGUGUAACCCACCAUUGCUAGGUCUGCGCUCACGAGGCACCAUUUGUUGUAGAAAAGGAACCACUUUACGAAUUUCACAAAUGCAGGAGCGGGCAGUACAGAGGGUGUACGCGUGGCUCUUGCUGGUGAUUUUGACCCUUCUGUCUCUCUGGGGUCAUCUGUCUGAUGCCUCCUCUCACCGCAGUCACAUUGUGCACGUGAAGGCUGGCACAUGUGAGGUGAUUGCAGCCCACCGCUGCUGUAACAGAAAUAAGAUUGAGGAGCGAUCACAGACGGUUAAGUGUUCCUGCUUCCCAGGACAAGUCGCUGGAACAACAAGGGCUGCACCCUCCUGUGUGGAUGCAUCUAUAGUAGCUCAGAAGUGGUGGUGUCAGAUGCAGCCGUGUUUGGAUGGUGAAGAGUGUAAAGUCCUGCCUGACCUCACAGGCUGGAGCUGCAGCACAGGAAACAAAGUGAAGACCACCAAGGUGACCCGAUAGUUCUACACUCCAAGGAACCACCAGACCCAAUUUACUGAGGACAAAAGUGCUGCAAGUGAAGACUAACUAGAGACAGCUUUGAGCUUCAGCUAACAGGAUCGAUCAGUAUUAGUUAUACGAAGAUUAUUUGCUAUGAAAACGUCUGAGGAACAGACUGAUCUCCAGAAAUAUAUCCACCAUAAACAUUAGGACCAUCCUGAAGUUAAUGUGUCCUCCUCAAUGGACCCCCUGGCCUCCCGGACGCUCAGUCUUCUGGGUGUGGAUCCAUAACCUCUGGAAUGUGUUGGCUGGGGGGUCUCGAUGUACGUAUGCAGUUGUUGUUUUUUUUUUUUACAGAAGAUGUUUGGAUCAUCUAUACCAGUGCAGCCCAAUGGAGUUUAAGCUUUUAAGCAACAUGCUCUCCUUCCUUGUCCUUCAGUUCUUCCAGCAAAUCCAUAACCAUUCCUGCUCUACUCCGAUCAGAAGGUCCGAUCAUUUCUUGUGGAAUCCUUUAAACAGCAUUUAAACAUGUAAAAUCGAUCUGGACCUUUAACGGACUAAUCUUCUGUAUAUUGUUUGUUUCUAAAUUAAAGCUUUUCAAGCCCACAGUCUGAAAUAACAGAUUAGAUGUACCAGUAUAUUCUAGAAAAUGUAAAAGUGUAAAAGAUCAGUGUUAUUCUCAAAACAAGCAGAAUAAAGUUUAAAGGUUAUCACUUUUAUUAUCAAUGUUUUUAUCCAGCCUGGUAACUGCUAUUGAGUACAUGUGUCAG